AUGGUGCCUCUGCACUGGUGUAUGCUGUGGCUGCUGUUACCACUCAGCUCAAGGACCCAGAAGUUACCCACGCGAGAUGAGGAGCUCUUUCAGAUGCAAAUUCGGGACAAGGCCUUUUUUCAUGAUUCAUCAGUAAUUCCCGAUGGAGCUGAAAUUAGCAGUUAUCUCUUUAGAGACACACCUAAAAGGUAUUUCUUUGUGGUUGAAGAAGACAACACUCCAUUGUCAGUCACGGUGACUCCCUGCGAUGCGCCCUUAGAGUGGAAGCUGAGCCUCCAGGAGCUGCCAGAGGAGGCGAGCGGGGAAGGCUCAGGGGAUCCAGAACCCCUGGACCAGCAGAAGCAGCAGAUCAUCAGUGAGGAAGGCACAGAGUUAUUCUCCUACAAAGGCAAUGACGUGGAGUAUUUCAUAUCUUCUAGUUCUCCAUCUGGUUUAUAUCAGUUGGAGCUUCUUUCCACAGAGAAAGACACACAUUUCAAAGUAUAUGCCACCACAACUCCAGAGUCUGACCAGCCCUACCCUGAAUUACCUUAUGACCCAAGAGUCGACGUUACCUCCCUGGGACGCACCACGGUCACUUUGGCUUGGAAACCAAGCCCCACAGCCUCUCUGCUGAAACAACCCAUUCAUUACUGUGUGGUCAUCAACAAAGAGCACAAUUUCAAAAGUCUCUGCGCAGUGGAAGCGAAGUUGAGUGCGGAUGACGCUUUCAUGAUGGCACCAAAACCCGGUCUGGACUUCAGCCCUUUCGACUUUGCCCACUUCGGAUUUGCUUCGGAGAACUCGGGUAAAGAACGCAGCUUCCUGACAAAGCCUUCUCCAAAACUGGGGCGGCAUGCGUACUUGAGGCCCAAGGUUGACAUUCAGAAAAUCUGCAUAGGAAACAAGAACAUCUUCACCAUCUCGGAUCUGAAACCCGACACGCAGUACUACUUUGACGUCUUCGUGGCCAACCGCAUCAGCAACAUGAGUACUGCUUACGUGGGCACCUUUGCCAGGACAAAGGAAGAAGCCAAACAGAAGAUGGUUGAGCUGAAAGAUGGGAAAGUUACAGAUGUGUUUGUUAAAAGGAAGGGGGCAAAGUUACUACGGUUUGCUCCGGUCUCGUCUCACCAAAAAGUCACCUUCUUCAUUCACUCUUGUCUGGACGCUGUCCAGAUUCAAGUGAGAAGAGAUGGGAAACUUCUUCUGUCUCAGAAUGUGGAAGGCAUUCGGCAGUUUCAGCUGAGAGGAAAACCUAAAGCCAAAUAUCUCAUUCGACUGAAAGGAAACAAGAAGGGAGCAUCUGUGUUGAAAAUACUUGCUACCACCAGGCCCAGUAAGCAAGCAUUUCCCUCUCUUCCCGAAGACACACGCAUCAAAGCCUUCGACAAGCUCCGUACCUGUUCUUCGGCCACUGUGGCUUGGCUCGGCACUCAGGAAAGAAACAAGUUUUGCAUUUACAGAAAGGAAGUGGAUGAUAACUACAGUGAGGACCAGAAGAAAAGAGAGCAAAACCAAUGCCUUGGACCAGAUACGAGGAAGAAAUCAGAGAAAGUCCUCUGUAAAUAUUUCCACAGUCAAAACCUGCAAAAAGCAGUGACCACAGAAACAAUUAGAGGUCUCCAGCCUGGAAAAUCUUAUCUGCUGGAUGUUUAUGUCACAGGACAUGGGGGGCACUCUGUGAAGUAUCAGAGUAAAGUCGUGAAAACCAGGAAGUUCUGUUAGUUACCUUCUAUAGAGAUACAUCACGUAGAACUCCAGCAGAGACGUUAAAUCACUUUAAGUAUAAACUGACUACUCCCACAGCUGAGAGAAGUUGUGACCUGUACUUGUACUAUGGAAGGAAGGAUAUCAGCUGGUGUAUAUUGGUGUUUACAUAAGUAAUUGUUGGAGGAGACUUGGUCUAGUGUGCCCCAGCGGUACCUAGUGUGCAUCUGAUGUCCGCUGAUGUCAGAGAGAAAGGACAUCUUGAAGGAACUGCCAUCCCUUGCUUUGACCACUGCAUGAACUGCUUCUAAAUUAUUUUAUUACCUAAAAAUUUAAAAUAUGCCAUUCAUUGCACACAUCCACAAAUGCAAAUCAUUCCUCUCAAUAGAUGCUAGGAUAUAUAUAAAUUAUUGUAUAAAGUCUUGUUUUAAAUGUCAGUGUUUCUAUGAUUGUAAACUAUUAAAUUCUUUUCCUGUUAAAGUACAGAUCUAAUCUAAGUGGACAGCCCUUUAGUCAGUUCUAUUGCUAUUGUAAAUUCUUAUCUGUUGAGUAAAAUGUUUAAAUACUGUAUGUAUCUCAUGUACAAAGUUGACAUACAUUAUAUUCAUGUAUAUAAAAUUAAAGAUAUUAGAUUAUAUACUGUUCAUUUUCCCAAGCAGC